AUGUAAGUAAAUCACUUGAGAGUUACUCUGAUGCUUUGCUCACUGGCACUACUUCUCUCACAAUCCUUUUGCACUCUUGAUUACCUAGACGACGAUAACGAUUUGAAAGUUGAAGAAAUCUACAAUAGUUUUAUCAAAUAAUCACCUUUGAAUCUAUCUUUGGUGUAAUUUGAAGAAGUUCUGCUUUCAGAUCGUAAAUUACUCAAACAGAUAGAAGAUGAAGCUUCUAAAUUAGAAGCUAAAUAGCAAAAGUUAUAUAACAAAAAGCUAUACUCUCUUGAAAAACAAAGGCAAAAGGCUAACAAAUACAGAAUUAAAUGGGAGUUGUUUGAAAACUAAGCUCAGAUUUACUUAAAUAAAACCACUUAAUGCAAUCUCACAUGCACUUAGAAUUGCUUGACUAACAACAAAGAACAAACUGUGUUCAGUGUGUUUUUGACAUGUUUAGCUUCAGAGUGUGAGUGCAUUAAUUCAUUCGCAAUACAAAAUGUUCCUGAACCUAUUUACAAUAAAUCAUAGCAAAACUAUGGUCUUGGCUAAUUAAAGAACCUUUCACAAUAGGUUGAGUAAGGAAAACCUGCAGUUAAGUCUAGUGAGGAAGAUUUAAUUGGUUAUGAUAUUGUUAGGGACUGUGAUGAGGAAUGCGAUAAAGAAUGUCUAGAUAUUAAGAAAUAUGUUCCUUUUGAUGUGGUUGCUUAAUGCUCUAGAUAAAGAUGCAAUUGUUGGUAUGAUUAUAAUACACCAAUUUAGACAUAAAUCUUUGAAUAAAAAGAUAAAAACUAGUCUGAGCAAAUAUCUAAUGUUAACGUAGGCAGUUAGGAACUUAUAAGUGAGCAAUAAAAUGCUACUUAAAUAUUAUCAGAAUCAGUAGAGUAAAACUUAAAUUAAGAUCAUGCAAUUCCAUUGAUUGUUGUUGAUAAAGAAGCACCAGUAAUCGAAUCUAAUCAAUCAGAGGGAAUUUAAAAUUUCAAUAUUGAACAGUCAAUCGCUAUUGUUGAAGAUCAGGUUAUCUAAGAAUAAGAAUCAGUAGUAUAAAAUGAAUUAAAUAAUGCAACUAUUGAGAUCAAUUAAACCAGCGAUUUAACUAUUCCUAUAUUAGAUGACUCGAUAGCUACACAAUAAUAAUCUAAUGUUCUUGAUUAAUAAGAAUAAGGCUCAAAUGAUUCUAUAUAGCAAUAAGAAGUGCCUAUCGAAAUUUCAUAGGUUGCAGAUAAUAUUUAAGUAGAAGUAGAGGAAUAAGUUAAUUCAGAUAUUGAAUUAACUCCUUCUGAAACAAUAACUCCAGUAUCAGUUUAAACUUAGCAAGCAGAUGAAUCAUAAAUUGUUGUUCCUGAUGUUCAAAUCGAGAAUCAACAAUAACCUAAUGAUUUACAGGCUCCAUUAGCUGCAGUUAGUUUCCUUGCACUUGAUGACGUAAUGAUUAAACGAAACAGUGAAUUGAUGCAAUAGAAAGAUAGAUAGUUACUCAAUGCUACUCUAGGGGUAGCUGCCUUAUUCAUGUUUGCUAUAAUUCUCUAUCAAUUUUCAUAAAGACAACAAGACAAACAAAGAAAGAAGGAGAAGAGGCAAAGUCAAAUGUCUUAUAAGGGAAUUAAUGUGGAUGAAAACAACUACUUUUACUUCAAGGGUGAGUCAGAUGCACCCUAUCAAAAACUUGAAUGA